AUGCCUCGGGCUGUGACAAGUUGGGCGGAAUUUGGCGGCUAUGGCCCAAGAUCCUCCCUCGGCCCGGUCUCCAACGCUGUGGACGCUCGCGCCCUCCGUCACAGGGAGCAACAGCAAGGGCAUGCGGAGCUCGAGGGCGGCGACCUCGUGAGACUAUCCUUGCGUGCUAUUGACCAGCACUUGUCCGACGUGCAGCGUGGCGAGCGCAUCUGGGUUCCUCCGUGCGUGCGGCGUGGGGAUCGAUGUCGAGACUCGAGCGCUGCAGAUGCCCUUCAGCCUUAUGACUCAGCCCGCGGCCUCAACACCACAGAGACGAACAUUGCGCCCCGCACGUGUCCCAGCACGAUAUGCAAUGGUUCGGCGGGGACACGGCGGCGAUUACACAGUCCACCUCAAGGCAACCCUGGAGGCACUGCAUCACCCUUGCGACACGGCGAACAGCGAUGGUUCCGCGAUGCUCUAUCAGGCACCCGCAGCGCUACCCCGCGGCCACUGUCGGUCUGGAGGUUGAUGCGUUGGCAUCUUAGCGCCUGCAUCAAGGUCAUCUGA